UGUAAUUUGAAAAAAGACGAAGUUAGCGCGCGGUGAAGGGCAACGCGCGAAUGAUUUUCUACAGGUAGUUUAAAAAUGGCGACUGACAGGUACGCGUUUCCUCGCGUGCACGGCGCCGCAACGAGACCAGAAGCGACGUGAUUUUUGUGAAAUCGAAGCUGAGGGGUUCGUUCGGCCUCUCUGAUUAAAUUCUAUUCGGUGGAAUCAUUGCGUUAGAGAAACGUUGGAAAUUAUGUUGUAUUUUCGUUGGUUAACACGGCGACUUUCUCUCUGGUAACGUCGUACUCGCGAGUUUCAAUUCUACUUAGCACGGGUUCGGCACGACUAAAUUUUCUGUAUUCUUUACGAUCGUUUUCCAAGACAUACGAAAAAGAAGAAAAACCGAACGAAUGAACGAACGAACGAGCAAACUUCCGCAUUCCAUUGGAUCACGAACGAAUAAGUGAACGAACGAGGAAUCGCUCGCCAAUUGUAACAGAGUUUUUGGAUAAAGGUAUGAUAUCCCUCAAAUGAAAUACCCAAUGAAAAAGUCACCAAUUCUACAAAGGUUUCCGAAUUUGAAAGAGCAAAACUUGAAAAUUAUGUCAGAAUGAUGUCUAAUGUUUAUCAUAAAGUUUUUAAAUACCUUGGAAUACAUUCACGGCUUUGUAAGUGUAAAGGUAAAUAUUCCUGCAAAAAUUAUACAUCUGUAGCUAUGGAACAUUCAGACUUGGUCGCAGAAAUGGUGCAUGUAGAAAGGUUAACAACUCAAGAAAGAUUGCAUUUGGCUAGACAUAGAAGGCUUCAGCAGUUAAAAGUGUGGCGUCAGCGUGAGAAAGAAUGGCUGCGGCAUCAAACUAGACAUACUAGUAACAAACGUCACAUAUAUUUUAGUGACAGUGUUAUGCUUUUAGAAGCUGCAGCACGGAAUGACAUUGAUGAAGUGAGACGACUUCUCAAGAAAGGAGUAAAUCCUGACUCAACGAAUGAAGAUGGACUGACAGCCUUACAUCAGUGUUGCAUAGAUGAUAAUGAAGAAAUGAUGAAAUUACUUAUCGAAUUUGGAGCAAAUGUUAAUGCAGAAGACAGUGAAAAAUGGACACCAUUACAUGCUGCUGCUACUUGUGGCCAUUUGCAUUUAGUAAAAAAUCUUAUUGCCAGAGGUGCCAAUUUGUUAGCUGUUAAUGCUGAUGGUAACAUGCCUUAUGAUAUAUGUGAAGAUGAAAAGACAUUAGACUGCAUCGAGGGAGAAAUGGCAAGACGUGGAGUUACUCAAGAGUUAAUUGAUGAAACUAGGGCUUCUAUUGAAGUUUUGAUGUUGAGACAUUUGCAACAUGUAGCUUCUAUAGGUGGGGAUCUUGAAUAUAAAGAUCAUCAAAGUGCUACACCACUUCAUAUCGCGGCUGCAAAUGGUUAUCUAAGGGUAGUUGAAUUUCUUUUGGAUCAACAUGUUUCGACUGAUGUUGAGGAUAAUGAUAGAUGGCAACCAGUUCACGCAGCUGCAUGCUGGGGACAUCUAGAAGUUCUUGAGUUAUUGGUACAAAAUGGAGCUGACUUAAAUGCCAAAAAUAAACAUGAUGAAACUCCAGCUGAUAUUUGCGAGGAUCCUGAAAUAAGGGAGAGGAUAAUGGAACUUAAAACAGAACAAGAGAGUAAGCGAUUACGAGAAGCACAAGGAAGACGAGUACGCAGAUCUCAAAGUAUAAAUACACGUACUCAAAGUGUAAGACGGACAUCAAUCAGAGAUAAGGUAUUGACCACAAAGAAGGAUGCUCAAGAAGAAGCUCGUCUGAGAUUACAAGCGCAACAGACAUAUGUUGGCGGUUCUACUACGAAUGUGCCUCAAACGGAAAAUGAAUUUAGCGCUCGAGAAAAUACAAAUAAUGAGACAGAUACCAAUGCACCGCCAACGGCAGUACGUAAAGCUCCUGAAGGAAAGGAUAAUGAAUCUUUUCUUCACGAAGACGUCGAUAAAGAAUCAGUUUUCUAUGUCACUUUUCUAUUUCUGUAAACGUACUAUUGAACGCUGCGUUUGUAUUAUUUUCAAACUUUCUACAUUAUCGUAUGUUUCAAAAUAUUGGUCCAUAACGUAUUGAAUUAUCUCUAUAUGUUGUAUGCAUACGUAAUAUGUUUUUCUCUUUAAAAAUAUUCUUCUGGUAUGGAAACGUUCGUUGUUCCAACUAUAUACAUCGAGGUUUUUGUGGCAAGGGUUAAGUUGUGUUGGCUUUCUUUUUAGUACUUUGCAAAUCAUAUGUUAGCACUUAGCAGAGCUUAUUGACUGUUGUAUGCGAAAAGACAUUACAAUAAGUAUAUCAAUUAAUUUAAACAGAGUUCUGAUAUCAUUCUUUUUAUACUUAAUACAGUUUAGAGUGUUCUAAACUUUAACGCACAUUUACGAUACUUAAUAUUCUCCAGGUAUAUGAGUAGAAUCAUGAUAAGCAUUUGCAUACAUUUGAAUAUCUUUCCCAAUGUCACUUUUUAAAAUAAGUAGGUAAUUAGCGAGGUAGCAACGUUUAAUAAUGGAAUUUUCAAUUUUCCAUUCUUCAGUCGAAAAGUUAACUAGAUAUUGAACAAUUCAUAAUUAAUAUUCAACGAGCAAUUUCACAUAUAUUUACAACAUAUCGUAUAAUAGAAUGUUAGUAAAAUAAAAUGUAUUCCACCUAUUAAACAUAUCGAUCAACUUUUAUAUAUGUAUUAGAUCUGUGAGAAAGUUCUGUAACUUUUUCCAUUUACGUUUUAAUAGUCGUUUUUGUAAUGUCUAAUGUUAUUUAAGACUGUUUACCAUUCUUAAAUUAUCUUACAUGUUCUAUUUAUAUAUAAAUUUACACUCUGUCUGAGUAAAUAUUUCCUUUAUAUAAUUUUCAAGUCAUCCAACUGCUUUUUUAUAAUGGAUAUUUUUCUUUAAUAGAUUAUAAUAAUCAUAACAUUAGAAGUGUUCUUUGAACAAAAUUUUGUAAACAAAUAUGUUCCAUUUCGUGAGGAAUUAUAUCACUUUAUAACUUGAUAUGUAUACAAUCAACCAAUGGAACACUUGAACAUUCAGACCAACAAUAUUAUGUCAUGAAAAAGUGUGACAAAAUUUUUUCACGGACCUAACAUAUCGGUUGCACUGAUGACAAAACUGUAUUCACUCAUUGUUAGCUAUGUACUCAUGCAAUGUGUCUUCCUGUCUUUUAAUUCUAUCACUAAACGAUAAAGUCGUUACGAGGUCAGUUGUGUCACGACAUCAGAUCGUUUCACAUUAUCAAUUUUAUAUAGUCGUUCAUGGACUUCUACUACAGAUUCCACAUCAAAUCGAUCAUAAUGGUUCAACGGGUUUACAAGUAAAAAAUAAUCUACUCGAAAUGAUUCUUACUUAAUUUUUCAAAUUAAUGUGAUUACAGCUGACUUGUGUUUUUGUAAACUAUAGAAAAAUAAAUUUUAGAUAAGUAGAUUUGAUUUAUUGUUAUUAGAGAAGAUGAACAUGAAAUAUAAAUUAUAAGAUACUAAUAUUGAAUAACGUUAUGUAGUAAAUUGGUUACUAUUAAAAAAUAGUUUAAUCCAUGAUUGUUUCGUUAUAAUAUUUACAAUGUUUACUGUUAUACUUUAAUAAAUUUAAAUAUAUGCGAAUUAAAAUUAGUACUCGAAAAAGUGAUUGAUUUGAGAUGGUAACAAUCUAUUAUAAUAAAAAGGAUGUUGUUUGCACAUCGACACAGCACAAAAUAAUAUUAAUUCAUAUUUCAAGGAAACAUGAAGUAAGUGAUUUCAAUGUUCCAGAGAAUUCAACUAUCAUGUAUGCUUUACAUGUACGUUUUCUUAUGUAUAAGGGUUAUUGCAUACAAACGUUAGAUUGUAAAUUGGUUCUUUUCAUUUUUCUUAAAUGAAUGUAUUUAAAGUUAAAAGCUUGAAGAUUUAUUUUACAAUCUGCCAAAGUAAUAAGCAAAUGUUACGUAUGUUAUCUAUCGGAGUGAAGAAGAAACGAACGAGUCGCUGAAAAAGUUUCUUCUUUUUUCCGAAUGCAAAGAGUCCAGAAACUUAAUAAUAAAUGUAAUGAUCUGCUAGUGAAAUAUAGAAGGUGGAGGAGAAGGUGUUCAUGUAGGUACAUGUAGAAUAUAGAAACACGUUCCUGGUACUCCUAUUAUGCAAUGUUUUUAACGCUUAUCGCUAAAGCAUGUAACGCUUAGCGCAUGGCCACUAGUUAAUACUAGCCGAGUUUUGUUUGAAGUACAAUUUCAGUGUAUAAGAAAGGGGAUUAGGUGAAGGGUUACACGAAGGUGAAGUUACGAAUAAGGUGGAAAAAUGUCGCGUAGACCUCGAAGAAGAAAACUAGCGUUGGAUU